UUUUACCUCAGUAACACUAACCUUUACUCAAUAACACCAACAUUUACCUCAGUAACGCUAAUCUCUAAUUUAUUAACACUAAACUUACUAAUUCUUCAUUACCCUAACUGACAAUCAGUUUUGCAUGUAGAUUGAUGUAGCCUUUGCUAGGCAAACCUGUCCGACUUUUUAAAAAUGAAGGCAACUUUAUUGGUUAAUAGAUGACAGAUGGGGUUUAACAUUUGUCCUGUGACAAAAAAAAAAGUUUCAGGUCAGCACAGCAACUUUCCUCGCCUUGGCUGUCCAUGGUUGUUAGCCUAGCUAUCAUAGCUAUCGCCCCGAUAUUGUUUUGUUUCUGGAGUUCAUGUCUGCAUCCGCUGGUGUUUUGAGGCAGCUACUGCAACUGAUGUGUAGACAACAUCGGGGUUCCCGCGGGGUCUUAAAAACCCUUAAAACAUUGAAUUGAAGCGUUUGGAAAUGAUACAAAUGCCAGCCAGUGUCAGUGUAUUGCCAGCAGUGAUUUGUUCUACAGGCUACUAGACGUGAACGAGUAUAAAAUUAUAAAGAAGGAAGAACAGGACUAGGCAUGUAAACCUGUUCACUUUACCACAGAAAUUUUAAGGAAUAAUAGGGCUGUGACUUUACUCACUCCUUACACCAACUCUUCUUCAAUGUCGUGCACCGAAAUAUCACAGUAUCACAGUAUCAAUAUUUCAGGUAGGCCUUCUUCUACCGGCAGUUAUGCAGUAAGCUGUAACCAAAACACGACAUAUGUAUUUGACAGAAUUUAAAAUAUACGCCACUCAACAUGAUCCCAAAUGCUGAUUCACAUAUUUAAUGUUUAUGAACAUAGUAAAAAGAAACGUAUAAAAAACAUUUUGUGAACCUAGGUGAUGAGAGAGAGAGAGAGUGUGUGUGAGAGAGAGAGAGAGAGAGAGAGAGAGAGAGAAUGUUGAUGCAGCUUUGUAAUAAGACAGAUGGUGAUAUGUUGUCUCUUUUCCCUUUACAGGUCACCAAGAGUACAAGUCUGUAAGAAAUGUAUGUAGCCGUUUCCUUCCCCGCGGAGGGCUUGUUUUUUGUGGUGCCUGUUUCAUGGCUCAUAGAAGAUAAAUGUUACUGGCCUCCCUUUAAAACGCUGGACAAGGUAAAAAAGGCUGCCCUACAAAAUGAAACCCCUGACCCCAACUGUUGGACACUUCAUCCAGUUGAGGUGCUUAAAGUUAAAGACACAUACGAAAAGGCCCACGGCCACUACCUUAAAGCAAAAAGAGGAGAGAAGCUGGAGACAGAUGAGGAGACCAUGAAAAGAAAAAGAAAGCCAAACAUGAAAUUCAUCCAAUCCAGUGAUGAAGACGAUGACCGUCCCUAUUUCCCUCCGGCUCCAAAAAUUCGGCGACUGCCAGAGAAAAUUUCUGUACCAAAUUCAGAGUUUACCAGUCAGGCACCACAGGUCCCAACCACCACCACCCUGCCUCUACCACCACCACCACAACUCCCACCUCUACCACCACUACCGCAGCGCCCACCCAGCCAUGAAGUGUACAGUCAAUCACACAGAACCCCUUCAGUCACCAGGACCAGUACUUACCCUGCAGUGUUGUCCAACCAAGCAGCCAGUCCCCCGUUGGAAACCUCACAUCUUUUUCUGACAUCCAGCCAUGGAGAGUUUACCAGUCAGGCACCACAGCUCCCCACCACCACCACCCUGCCUCUACCACCACCAUCACCUCUACCACCACUACCACAGCUUCCAACGAUUUCACCUCUGCCAGCACCACCACAGCUUCCAUCGAAGUCACCUCUUUUUCGAACAUCCAGCCAUGGAGAGUUUACCAGUCAGGCACAGCAUCAUCCAUCAAAUCAGCAAAUCAGCAUCCAGCAAGAUUUUUGCAGACUUGUUCUGCAGCACCUCCGGACGAUUGAGGAGGAGGUUAAGGAGGUUAAGCAGCAGGUGGCUGCAAAUACGGCCAUUCUGCAGAAGCUAGGGGGUGCUGGUGUGGCAGACCUUUGCCUCGUCCAGGAAACCAACAUGCCCCUCAGUAACCUGGAGGAACUGGAGGAGCUGGAGAGGCAGCUUGGGUCUGACAUUGACCUGAAAAACCAACUGGUGAACAUACUUGCUGUUUUAGGGGGGAAAACCACCAAAGACGCGGUGAAGAGGAUGUUGGGCCGUAUUUUGAGGAAGUCCCUGGCGCUUCAAAUAAAUUGGACUGGUGCUGGAGGAAAGGUGGCGUUCAAGUCUUUACACCUGAAGAAUGUGUUGCACAGAGCUGUUAGGAGAGUGGUGCACACAGCAACAGAAGAGGACCUGCAAAAAGAAGUUGCAAAGUACCUAAAGGGGGCGGCUGACCAAGAGGGAGGGAGAAAAGACAGGCAGAAAAAAGUGGGCAAUGGGGAGAUGGGGAAUAUUUGA